UUAUAUUGACGGUGCUAUACUUGUUUACGAUAUUUCUCAGACCAAUGGAUUAGGGGGAAUAGCUAAACUUUUACGUGAAUAUACUGACAUCGAUAGCAAUUAUGUAACUAAUGAAAUUCCUAUUAUGAUCAUUGCAAACAAAUGGGACAUAUUGGACAUAAAUAAGCAGAAAAGUGAAAAAGACCUUUUAGAAGAAGUCAAGAAUUCUGUUGACAUUUCAGGAGAGGAAUUUUUGUGUAAUAUAACCUCAAUAAACGAAAAAACUAGUACUAAUAUCGAAGAAAUUCUAAAAAAAUGCAUAUCUAGGCUUUUGGACCUUAAAGAUAUCAAUAAUCUAAAUGAAUUAAACAAAUUUAAGCCCAUGAUGAAACAUGUAACACGAUUGUAUUUAUAUGAGAUCCCCCAAAAAAUUAUCAAUAGUGGGCGAAAACAGCUAAAAGUACUGAAUGAAGAAAUGGAUGGAAUAAAAUUAUUUUUAUCACUA